AUGAUUCCGAGAUCAGCUAUAAAUCGAAGUAUUGACAAGGAAGAGAAGCUGGUUCUUACCAUCUCAGAGAUCAUCAAUGAGCUAGUUAAGGAGACUAAAGCAAACAGAAGUGUGGAUCUAAAUAAACUUAAAGCGAAAAUUUCGCGAAAAUACAAUUUACCAUCUCAACCUCGUUAUAUAGACAUUAUAGCAGCUAUUCCUCCACAUUACAAAGAUCUCCUUAAAUCAGUGCUACCACCAGCCAAACCAGUUCGAUCUGCUAGUGGAAUUGUUGCUGUAGCUGUAAUGUGUAAACCUCAUAGAUGUCCUCAUAUUGCUAUGACCGGGAAUGUUUGCGUAUAUUGUCCUGGAGGUCCAGAUUCUGAGUUCGAGUAUUCGACUCAAUCCUAUGUUGGCAAAGAACCAACAUCUUGCCGAGCAAUUCAAGCUCGUUACGAUCCCUACGUGCAAGUUCGUCACCGUAUUGAUCAGCUAAAAGAAUCCGGUCACUCAGUUGACAAAGUAGAGUUUAUCGUUAUGGGAGGGACUUUUAUGUGUCUUCCUGAAGAUUAUCGCGAUUACUUUAUUAGAAACCUUCAUGACGCCCUCUCCGGUCAUCGCUCGAAGAAUGUCGCUGAUGCAGUAUACUAUUCUGAGAGAAGCAGGACAAAGUGUAUUGGUAUAACCAUUGAAACUCGGCCGGAUUACUGCUUGAAGAAGCAUUUGGGUGAAAUGUUGAGUUAUGGAUGUACGCGUCUUGAAAUUGGUGUCCAAAGUGUGUACGAAGAUGUCGCCAGGGACACUAAUCGGUAA